AUGGAAGUUCAGCUCAAAUUCGAGCACGUUGGGACUUACUUCAAGCAACGUGAUAAGACUGCAAUCCCCGGACAGCUCCCAAAUCGUUUAAAUGAAAAUCCUGAUCUUUUUGGUCUGUUGAAAGAUCCUCUGGAUCUCACCUUUGGAUAUGAGCGCUUCAAAGACGAGGGAGAUGGAGAUAUUUAUGAAUCCAUUUGUGACUUCACACGAAAAACUGCUAAACGAGGAACUUCAUUGAAAGAGACAAUCGGCGCCGAUAUUUUUUCAAACCGAUCCAUUUUGACAAAAAUUGCAACAGCGUCAAAUUAUAACCAAACACCGUUUGAAAUUGUAGUUCUCCGCAAGAAUGGAGUAAUAUUUCUCCACAAGCUCGGAAAGUCCUAUAUAGAUAAUUGCGGAGCAGGGUAUAACUUUGAGAAGUACAUGACUCUUAAUGACUUGGGAAACCACCAUAAUCCAAACGAAAAGGUGUCAAAUGCGACAUGCUCAAAAGUGGUACUCCGAACGUCUUUUGAAACCAGGAACGAAACAAUAAAAGUCUAUUACGCUUCUGAAGUUGAUGCGAUUGACAAAAAUGAUGAAUUUGUGGAAAUAAAAGCAACGUAAAUGGUUACACUGGAACAGCCAGAAACACUACUUCCAAUCGUUCCUUGGAAAUGUUCCAACCAUCCUGAUUGGCCGCAAAGACCAAAAAAACUUUGUCUACCAAGUUGACACAAUCAAAACAAACGAUAUUCCCAUGAUGGAUGUAAAAUGGGGUGUUCAGCGUUGCCUCGCACGACUGGUCACCGUGCUCAGUACGAUCAAGUCAAAGCUUCCAUAUGAUGAUCAAACUAUUUCUGUUAAAAUUGUUGGGGAACAUUUUCGAUACGAAAACACAAAUGCUGAAAACUGGAAUUUCGUUCUCUCUUCGUCUUUCCUGGAAUAUUUCGAGGAGUAA